CUCGAUUUCUUCUCGUCUCUGGGUCCGACCCUUCAUUGUUUCCCCUGCCCCUCUCCUCUCUGCCCUCAUUCUCAGCGACUGCAGCCUCUACCACCUCUGCAGCCGCUCGUACCGUCACUGCCCAGCUCUCUCUGUCACUGCCCAGCUGAAGUGAAGGAGGAAGAAAAGUCUUAAUUUUGGCAGUAGCAAUGGUGGAACCGGAGAACUCACCGGAGCGGGAGGUGAAGAUGGAGAAGAGGAAGCGGAAGCGCCGAAAUCCUUCGCAGGGGAACCCCAGCCAAGUCCCCCUGGAAGCUGAAGCUGAGGCUGAAGAGGUAAUGAAUGGCGGGGUGUCCGAACAGCAGAAGAAGCAGAAAAAGAAGAAUAAGAAGAAGAAGAAGGUUCAUGAGGCAAGCAACGAGGAGGAGGGCGAAGUAGAAGCUGAUAAAGAUGAUGACGGUGGUGGGAAUGAUGAAAGAGAUGACGGGGAGGAGGAUAAGAAUGAAGAAGAGAGGGAGGAGAGUGAGGAAGAGAAGCAGAAGAAGAAGAAGAAGAAGAAGAAGAAGAAAGGGAAGACGAGUGGUAGUGGGAUAAUGAGCACAGCUUCUUUUGAUGAACUCGGGUUAUCUGAGCAUACUGCCUAUGCAAUCAAGGAUAUGGGCUUUCAUUAUAUGACUCAGAUCCAAGCACGAGCAAUUCCUCCACUUAUGGAGGGCAAAGAUGUGUUGGGAGCUGCUAGGACAGGAUCUGGAAAAACGCUGGCCUUCCUAAUCCCUGCUGUGGAGCUUUUACAUAACAUUUGCUUCAGUCCUCGUAAUGGAACGGGUGUGAUUGUCAUUUGUCCUACAAGAGAGCUUGCCAUCCAGACACAUGCAGUGGCGAAGGAGCUUCUCGAGAAUCGCUCUCAAACCCUUGGAUUGGUUAUUGGAGGUGCAGCCAGGAGAGCUGAGGCUGAGCGCAUUGUCAAAGGAGUAAAUCUACUGGUGGCAACUCCUGGUCGACUUCUCGAUCAUCUCCAAAAUACCAAGGGCUUCAUAUUUAAAAAUUUGAAGUGCCUAAUAAUCGAUGAAGCUGAUCGAAUAUUGGAAGACAACUUUGAGGAAGAGAUGAAGCAGAUUAUCAAAAUUUUGCCCAAGCAAAGGCAGACAGCUUUAUUUUCGGCCACCCAAACUAAGAAGGUUGAGGAUCUUGCCCGCUUGUCAUUUCAAACAACUCCAGUCUACAUUGAUGUGGAUGAUGGGAGGAGAAAGGUUACAAAUGAGGGGCUGCAGCAAGGAUACUGCAUAAUUCCAAGCGCAAAGAGAUUUAUACUUCUAUAUUCCUUCUUGAAGAGGAAUCUGUCAAAGAAAAUUAUGGUCUUCUUCUCAUCAUGCAAUUCAGUCAAGUUUCAUUCAGAACUUCUCAGAUACAUCCACAUUGAUUGCCAUGAUAUCCAUGGAAAGCAAAAGCAGCAGAAACGAACGUCUACAUUUUUUGACUUCUGCAAAGCAGAAAAGGGAAUCUUGCUUUGCACUGAUGUUGCUGCACGAGGACUGGAUAUUCCUGCUGUGGACUGGAUUGUUCAAUAUGACCCUCCUGAUGAACCAAAGGAAUAUAUUCAUAGGGUGGGCCGAACAGCUCGUGGAGAAGGUAGCAAGGGGAAUGCUUUGCUAUUCCUGAUUCCUGAAGAGUUGCAAUUUCUUCACUACCUUAAGGCAGCGAAAGUUCCAGUGAAAGAGUAUGAAUUCGAUCAGAAAAAGCUAGCAAACGUUCAGUCUCAUCUGGAGAAGAUUGUGGGUAGUAACUAUUAUCUGAACAAAUCAGCUAAAGAUGCAUAUAGAUCCUACAUAUUAGCAUACAACUCACAUUCGAUGAAGGAUAUCUUCAAUGUCCACCGCCUCGAUUUGCAGGCAGUUGCUGCUUCGUUCUGCUUCUCAAGCCCUCCGAAGGUGAGCCUCAACAUAGACAGUAGUGCUUCAAAGUUCAGGAAGAAAUCAAGAAAAGUGGAAGGGAGCCGACACGGGUUUAGUGAGAGCAAUCCUUAUGGUAAGCAGAGAGGGGAAGAUGUUAAACGUCAGUUUGUGAGGUAUUAGCCUCUCAAACCCAGUUGGUGCAUCCUCUGCUUAACAAUUUUGCUAGGCUGUUUAGUUUUGACGAACGAUAGUGACAGAGUUCAACUGUAUCCAGUGUCCCCGAUGUGUAAUUUUAUUGAUCAGUUAUCAACAGACUGAAAGUCCAUUCGUUUCGCCUUUGCUAUUGUACGUUAAUGGAGUGAUAAACACUUCUUUAUCGAAUAUCGAUUUGAAGUUGUAUUAUUCU